AUGGCAACCAAGAUGGUGACACCUACGGCAACGGCUAGCGACACAGAUAAUCCUGUGAGCACAUACUUUCUGCAAAAGAUUCAGGAGCUACGGGCUCAGGAAAAACGAUUGCAGGAUAAUUAUAUGCGGCUGGAGGCUCAACGAAAUGAACUUAACAGGCGUGUACGACAUCUGAAGGAAGAAGUGCAACUUCUGCAGGAAAGUGGAUCUAUAGUUGCCGAUGUCGUGCGAGUGAUGAGCAAAGGCAAAGUGUUGGUGAACGUCAGCUCCAGUCAAGGGAAGCUAGUCGUUGAUGUGGAGAAAACCGUUAAUAUCGAUGACCUCUCGCGCAAUGUUCGCGUGGCGCUUCGAAGUGGCACGUUUGCAAUUCACUACAUUCUUCCCACCAAGGUGGAUCCACUUGUUUCCCUUAUGAAGGUUGAAAACGCUGGUAGCGAGUCAACUUACGAUGAGAUUGGCGGCCUCUCUCGCCAGGUGAAGGAGAUCAAAGAAGUGAUUGAGUUGUCCGUUAAGCAUCCUGAGCUUUUUGAAGCGUUAGGUAUUGCCCAACCAAAGGGUGUGCUAUUGUAUGGGCCUCCAGGCACUGGAAAAACAUUAUUGGCACGAGCAGUGGCACACCACACCGACUGCACCUUCAUUCGCGUGAGUGGCGCUGAGUUGGUGCAAAAGUACAUUGGGGAAGGUGCUAGGCUCGUUCGUGAAUUGUUCGUUAUGGCCCGCGAGCACAGCCCAUCUAUAAUCUUUAUGGAUGAAAUCGAUUCUAUCGGUUCAACCCGUUUGGAAAAUACGGGUCGUGGAGGUGACAGCGAGGUGCAGCGCACCAUGUUAGAGUUACUCAAUCAGCUCGAUGGAUUUGAGUCUACCCAGUCUAUCAAGGUGAUUAUGGCCACGAACCGUGUGGAUAUACUAGACGAGGCGCUGCUUCGCCCGGGUCGAAUUGACCGAAAGAUUGAGUUUCCUGCACCCGACGAGCCGGCAAGGUUUGAGAUUUUAAAGAUUCAUUCGAGGAAAAUGAACCUGACACGUGGGAUCAAUCUCAGGACCGUAGCCGAGAAAACAAACCAAUGUUCCGGUGCGGAGCUAAAGGCAGUGUGUACAGAGGCAGGAAUGUUUGCUCUCCGCGAGCGCCGUGUGCACAUUACUCAAGAAGACUUUGAACUUGCAGUCGCCAAAAUCAUGCAUAAGGACCAAGACAAGAGCGUCUCACUCAAGAAGAUGUGGAAAUAG